AUGUUAGGCAGGAAUCCACGCGGAUCCCCUCCGAGAAUAUUGCAGCAGCAACAAAAGCAGUUUGAAGAAGCGCAACUGAAGCUCAUUGAAUCACUGACUCAGAAACUUCAUAUCCAGAACGGAGCAGUCAGUACUGGUGAGUCUUCUGUUUCCUCAACUGAUGCAGCCGCGGCCUCAAUUACGGAGUUCACAUUUGACGCUCUUUCUGGUCACACUUUUGACUCCUGGUUCAAGCGGUACGAAGACAUGUUCAAAACUGAUUUUUCCAAAUUUGACGAUGGAUGGAAAGUCAGACUAUUGCUGCGAAAACUCGGCACACCGGAGCAUGAACGGUUCACAAAUUUCAUUCUCCCCAAGCUGCCCCGCGACCUCAGCUUUGAUGAAACGGUCAGAACACUGUCCCAGAUAUUCGGCGAUCAAACAUCAAUGUUCAAUAUCCGCUACCAAUGCCUUAAGUUGGCCAAGAAAGAUGAUGAUGAUUUCAUCACGUUUGCCGGUGUUGUCAAUCGAGAAUGCGAGCGCUUCAAGCUCAGCUCAAUGACGGAGAAUCAGUUUAAGUGCCUCAUUUUUCUAUCCGGUCUCCAGUCAUCCCAUGAUGCUGACAUCAGAACCCGGCUUCUUAACAGAAUUGAACAGGAUGCCGAAAUGACACCUUUUGCACCUUUGGUGUUUGUUUUGACGUGGACGCUAGCUUGGGAGGCUCAGACCGAGAACUAA